UCAAUUUCAACUCAUCAGUCAGUCAAAUACACCUAUCACGGUCAAUUGCUUUUAUUACAUUUCUUUCAAAGACUUGAUUUUUCUAACAUCCCCAUCUUCCUCUUAUUUUCUUUCUUGAACUUGGCUAUAAGAGGAAAUUAGUUACCUUGAAAGUGGGGGUUAAAUCUUCUGCUUUCCAUUCCUUUUCUCCCACUAAUUACAAGUGCAAGGAAGAAACUGAUGGAGGGGAAGGCAAAAGCAACAGCAAUGGAGCCAAACAAUGAUGUAAUUCUUUCUGAACACAGACUGAAGCAGGAAUCAAUAGUAAAAGAAGAGAUUCAAGUGCAAUGCAACGACACAAUUACUGAACAAGAGAAUUACAAAAUUGAACUGAUGAGAGCUGUUGUUGAAAAGAAAGAUCCUUCUUCCAAGGAAGUAGAUGAAUAUGCAUUAAGAAGGUUUCUUCGAGCUCGAGAUCUUGACGUAGAAAAAGCAUCAGCAAUGUUCUUGAAAUACCUUAAAUGGAGGCAAAGCUUUGUACCAAAAGGAUCCAUUUCAGUGUGUGAGAUACCAAACGAGAUAGCACAGAACAAGAUGUUCAUGCAAGGCGUAGACAAACAAGGACGUCCUAUUGCUGUAGUUUUUGGUGGCAGGCAUAUUCAAAAUAAAAUAGGAGGUGUUGAAGAGUUCAAACGUUUUAUAGUCUUCGCUCUAGACAAACUGUGCGCAAGGACCUCACCAGGAAGAGAGAAGUUCGUGAUAAUCGGAGAUCUCCAAGGUUUUGGCUACUCAAACAGUGAUGUUCGUGCCUAUCUUGCGGCUCUAUCUAUCGUACAGGAUUGUUACCCAGAAAGACUCGGAAAAGUACUUCUUGUUAAUGCCCCCUACUUAUUUUGCACAUUAUGGAAGAUGUUGUAUCCUUUCAUAGACAAUAACACCAAGAAAAAAAUCAUGUUUGUGGAAAGCAAACGACUUAGAGCAACCUUACUUCAAGAUAUCGAUGAAAGCCAGCUUCCGGAGGCUUAUGGAGGCAAAAUGCCAUUAGUUCCUAUACAGGACGCCUAAGCAAGUAAUUGCACUAUGCCUUUAGCUCACUCGAGAAGUUUCAACCUGAUCGAGUUGACAAUGCUCUCUUCUAAUAGCUGUGAGGGGGAAAAAAUAGCUAUGAGGAACAAUAUUGCAAAUAUACAUUCUACAUUUAUAUGCGUUUUUAAAUAUUCAGCUUCUACAUAAAAAGUAUGUAUUGUUGUC